AUGGAUAAGGAGGGUGAACGGAUAUUAAAAACACCAUCACGUAGUCGUAUGCGAAGUCGAGAAGUGGACCCUAUUCGGGCUUACACUCGCACUCGCAGUCGCAGUCGUCACCGACGGGGCUGUGUUAGUGAGCUGGACAGAGAUCGAGAACGGGUCCACAGGCUAGAACGAGAGCUACAACAAGAGCGGGAGAGUUUGAGAGAACGCGAAAGGAGCUCCCGGCAAAUAUCGACGGAAAGACCGCUGGCGGUGUCACCUCAAAUAAGCGAUACGGCCUCGGCAGCGAAUCGAGCGGACGAAAGGCCCGAGAAUGGACAUCGCACUUCACUAAACAGGUCACGUAGCCCUUCUUUUACUGCUAACGAUGUUAUUAAAAUAUUACAAUCUAUAAAACGGGGGUCUGCAUCUGAACUAUUACCGCAGGAUACUCCUAAAAUUAAUAAAAGCAUAGAUCAUAAAAAUAUCUUACCCAAUUUUGAUCCUGCCGGUUCCAGCCCCAAUGCGAAAUUCACAAAAGUAGUGCACAUUGAUGGUACCAUCUUGGAAUCGUUUGUGGAUUUUGGGAGCGAGGUAACCCUUAUUAAAAGGUCAAUAGCAGACAAAAUAAGAAGCACCCAUGACAAUGUACCAACCGUUAUGAAAGGUUUUGGUAACGAGUUGGUGCAUUCGCCUGGGAGCAUAGUGCUUAAUUUAAAGAUCGAUGACGUUAGUGCUGAUGUCAUAUGUAGAGUGGUAGAUGAUCAAUUCUUGGACAAACCUCUGUUGAUCGGAUAA